AUGGCGACCAAUUCUGCAGCUCCCAAUCCGGCCCACAUCCCAUUCCUCCACCUGGACCAGGGCGUUGGCGGAACCUUCAACUUCCCGUACAGCACGCAUGAUGGUCCAGACUUGCACUGGAUCGGCACCUACAAUUGCUACACCUGCGUGUGCGUCUUCAUACCCCUCGGCCAGACUUCAACCGGACAGCCUCAGUGUUUUGUCGCCCAUAUCGAUGCCCACACUGGACCUAAAUACGAUCCCAUCAGAGACUGGAUCACCGACAAUGAAUUCGAACAAACAAGCCUCAAAGCCCACGUCCACAAAAGACUCGCCGCCGCGCUACCCGACCUUUCCAACGGCCAGUACGCCGACUACAAACGAGAACUGCGCGACAAUGCCAUCAUCGUCUGUCCUCGUCGUAUGCGUUGGCUCCGCGGCGACUUCGAGAUGAACGCUACAGGCCGAUUCAUCAUUCAGGCAGUUCGCGAAUUCUUCCGCCUCCCAGAAGGUAGCCAUGUCACAGACUUUGCUCAUGGGUUCACCGUGAACCCGCAAACGGGUGAGAAGCGGCUGCUCAAGUGGGUGGACGGCAACCUGAGUGAGGCAGCAUUGAGUCGAUGGGAUCGGCUCGAUAUGAAGAGGGACAGCCCGCAUGACUCGCUGGAAGCUGGUGAGCUGGCGGAGCUCGAGCAGCUCGUCACUCGGCGGCAGAGACGGUAUCCUGAGAGCUACGGGUUUAAGGUCGGCGCGCAUGCGAAGUCGGAGUCGUGGUCGUUGCAGUUCGAUCGGGACACGAAGAGCUGGGGUCCUUACGUCUGA